UCUGAGAGGGGAUCGUCGGGAAGAGCUGUUUUGGUCUGAUGCUUAGGAAACGAAGUAGCCAGAAUUAUGGUUUCAUUGUGGCGUUUUAGUAGUAAAGAAACGCGUUAUGUCCCGUUGAAGUCGGUUGUAUAUCAGCAGAUCGUAAUGGUGUCCUUCUUAGAACACAUAAUUGAGGUGUAAAGUUCUAAAACUUUGGCCGCCUAGCCAGGUUGACAGGAGUCAGAGUAGUAGUAGUACGGCUGCUGGUAGAAAUUUUCACUCUGACGUUUCCCCUUUCUUCCAGGUCAAUUGAUUCAGCAGAAAGAAAAGCAAUGCCAGUUCAACAAAUUAGCGUCGCACCUUUGGCGGCAGAAGAAUCUAUACCUGUCAAUUUACGAGUUAUUAAAGAUGAUUCUUCAGAAAAUAGCUCAAAAACUUCCAGCCCCAUAUCGAGAUCAUUGUCGGGUGACGUAAACCACAAAAUUGAUACUGACAGUACGUUAUAUAAUAAAGAUAGUAAUCAGGAAGGUAACCUAGCAGAUGCUAACAAACUAUACGAACAUUCCUCCACCGAAACCUGGUACACGCCACCAACGGGCAUGUCAAGAGAACCAUCACGCAAUCCGUCCAGGUGUCCAUCGCAGGCCCAGUCGAUGGUGUCUCUUGCGUCCAGCCAGGGGGAUAUAUGUCGCAUUUGUCAUUGCGGAUCAGAGGAAGAUUCACCGCUGAUAAUGCCGUGCAUUUGUUCUGGGAGUUUGAAGUUUGUUCACCAGCACUGUUUGCAUCAGUGGAUCAAGGGCUCAAAUGCGAAAGACUGCGAGUUGUGCCACUAUGCCUACCGCAUGUAUUCAAAACUUAAACCAAUUGGCAAGUGGGAAAGUUUGGAGAUGACGGCAAACGAAAAGCGCAAAAUUCUCUGCUCGGUUGCUUUCCACUUAAUUGCUAUUACAUGUGUUGUCUGGUCACUGUACGUCUUAAUAGAAAGGACAACGGCGGAGAUUGAGAGUGGAGAGCUCAAAUGGCCAUUCUGGACCAAGCUUGUCGUUGUCGCAAUUGGUUUCACAGGCGGAGUUGUCUUUAUGUAUAUACAAUGUAAGGUUUAUUUACAACUUUGGCAACGGUUAAAAGCGUAUAAUCGUGUGAUCUAUGUUCAAGACUGUCCGAUAGAAGAUCGGUUGCGCUACAAGUUGAAUUAUGCACAGGAUACAGCAGUUGCAGUAGAUUCACAAGUUUUAAGUUAAAAAAAUUGAAAUCAUGUAACAUUGGGCGAUUAUGUUCUCCAAAUCAUGGGAUGAUGUCAUGAGAUCAUGAACAAUGUCAGAUCUUUCAUGGAUGAGCUAUUAUCGGCACAUGUAUAAAAUGGCUUUAUAUUAUGAUAACCGUCCUGAUUGGUCAAUUUGCUGUUAUGAAAGGUCACUAUAUGUAAAUUAACUAUCUGUUUUUGUAUAAAAAGAAAGCAAUUGCCUAACAUAGAUGGAGUUGUGGUGUUGUGGCUAAGUGCUUACCUGUCAAAAACAAGUUCCUAGGUUCGAAUCCUGUGUAACACCCAGACUUUUACCUAAACUCUAUAAAAAUCAGAUAAUAUGGCUCGGUUUAUAAAGCAUCACGUCGUUUUCCCAUCUUCAUGGUUGAUAAGAAAUAUUACAACAUUUGAUGAGAUUUAGAGUUCUAUUAACAUUUUCUUCAUGAUGUUUUUAUAUUACUUUUACUAAUGCUACAGUUAUUCUAUGCAGUUUAAGUUAUUGUUAUUGGAAAAUUUUGUAUUUGCAACCAGCACUGUGGGAAAACCAUAAAGAAAAUUUGUUUUUAUAAAUUUAUUAAUUCAUUAUAAUAUUUUCAUAUUGUUCACCUCUAUCAUGUGUUAAUUCAUUAAAAUAUUCUUUGUACUAAAAUAUUGUUUAAUUUUUAAAAGUGAUGAAUGUUUAUUAUCAGGAAAACAGACGUGCAAAAUUAUAAAAUGUUUGCUAUUAAAGCUAAUUAGUUGUUUAUACAGUAACAUUGGAAAUACUCUACUGUGUAGCUAAUGAAAAAUAUUCAUCAACAAGUUACGUACUUAAUUGCUAAUAAUAUGAAUAUAUUUAAUUAGCAUGAAUAUAUAGUACUAUGUAGCAAUAUUUAUGUAGCUAAUGAAUAUUCAUAGCUAAAUUAAUUUAUGUUUAGCUUAAAUCAUAUAUUAAUUCAUUAGUACAAAGUAUGAGCUAAUCAAUAUUCAUAGCUAAAAUUAUUUAUGUUUAGCUUCUAUCAUUUAUCUAUUCUAUUUAUUUAUUAAAAAUUCGACAAUUUUUCAGGAGGGGACCAUGGGCAGAGGGCCCAACACAAAGUGGGAACCUCUUAACAUAAAAUAGAAAACAAUGUACAAUAUUUAAAAUCAGUACAUAUUCAUUUGUACACAAAUAUGAGCUAAUGAAUAUUCAUAGCUUAAAAUAAUUUAUGUUUAGCUUGUGUCAUAUAUAUUCAUUGGUACAAAAGAUAAGCUAAUAUUAUGAAUAUUCAUAGGCUACAUAAUUCUUGCUUCUUCUGGAAUUAACUAUGCCGAUAUAAUCAUGAAUAUUUGUAUGUUGGUAUGGCUCAUUAUGAAUAUUGAUUAGAUUUGAAUUUCAAAGUAUUGCUAUUAACCAAUGCCGGCUUUGUUACAGUCGGGUGAACAGACAUCUUUCAGUUCACAAUCCAAUCAUGUUGAAUAUCAGUGUCCUGGUUUUUGCACAAUUAUAUUUGUUAUUUAAAUCCUGUGAGACAACCUAUCAUUUGUAUCUAUUUAAAAAAAAAACAAUUAAUGUUAACAUUAUCCACUUACAAUUCGUAUCACAAGGGACUAAAAAAUAUCUCUAUAAUGAUUUCUGUACAGCUUACAAAUCAGUAAUACAGAAAGUAUCUAUUUUUAGAAACAUAAAAACAAACUUUACUGUAUAUUGGUGUUAAAAAAAAAAAAUAUACAUUGAUAUUAAUUCAGAGUUUAUGUACAAAUUUAGGCUACAUAUUUUUAUCUAUUAAUUACUACAGUAUGUAUUUUAUAAUAUUGUACUAAAAACUGAAUAUUCGUAUUUCUGGUAAUUAAGUCAAUGUUUGCAUAUACCUGUAAUCGCACGAUCGCUGACAGGCAUUGGUGACGACAUUGGUUUGUCAAAGAGCCUUUCCCAUUGUGUCGGGGGAAGCUAUGCCGUGAAGUCACUGCAGCGACAUUUUACAUAACGAUUUUACGAAAACCAGGUUUAAGAGUAAUGUUUUCCUUAACCUUAGUUCUAAACCCUUAUACGCUGGUUAGCAUUCAGGUGUUGAUUGAUAUGCCUAGGCAGAUAUUGAUUUUCUUCAUGUGUUAUCAAAUGUGCAACCAGUGACACCACUUCUAUUGCAUUCAAUUUACUGUCAUGACAGUUCCUACCAGAUGCCAAAGUAUCAGACACAAAAUCAGACGAUUUAACUUUCCUUUGAAGUGCAAUCAGCUAUUUUAUCAAAAUAUAAUAACAGAUUUUCAUUUCAUAGUUUCUUUAAAUAAGCAUUUAUUCUUCUAUGCUUAAUGAAAUGUUAACAUCCUCCGCUCUCAGUUUUUUAUUUGUUGUGAGGCAGUGCUUGUAAAGAAGCUUUGAUGAAGGAGAUUAGUUUAUCCACAGACCCUAACCCUGUCCUACUUCCAGCAGACUCACGAUUUGUUUUAUCAGACUUUGAUGAAUUAGGGUUCACUCUACACCCAGCAGACUCAAAGUUUGUUUGUUCAGAUUUUUAUAAAUUGGAGUACAGUAGUUCAUCCCGUCUUACUUUUUAAGUAGACUUUCCAAUUUGUAUAACAAAUCCAAAAGACAGUGUUUUAUCAGAAGUAGGAACAUAGUCCUAAUAUCUGAGACGUGUAAUUUGUUUUAGUUUGUCUGAUGUAAACACUGUCUGAUCAAACACUAUUGUAGCAUAGCACUAGAGAUUCCUUGAUGAGGGUUCAAAGGUCUCCAACAGUGUGGCCCAAGGUCUCCAAUCACAGGUCCAAAAUUCUAAGCAGGGCUCACACUCAUCUCCAACAUACCAUGCAUAGAGAACAUUUUAAAAAUAGGCUGCUUAAAGUCAGGCUCCGGAGGGAAAAAAUUUUUUGAUAUGUUGUAGAACUGAUUUUUCUAAGACAGAAAAAAAGUAGUUUGAUCAAAAACUGAGCAACGGUGAAUGAGAUACAGAUUUUUGAAUAUUUAAAAACUGGGGGGAAAAGGUGUAAAAAUGGUGUAAAAAUGGAUGGUUACGUCCCUUUUCUCCCCCAGUUUUUAGAUAUUAAAAAAUCUGUAUCUCAUUCACCGUUCCCCAGUUUUUUGUCAAACAACUUUUUCUGUCUUAGAAAAAUCAGUUCUACAACAUAUCAAAACAUUUUUUUUCCUCCGGAGUCUGACUUUAAGAUGCCCAAAAAUGCCAUUUUUUAAAGCAGUUUUUUUGUGAUGAAAUGAUUGACUUCUAAUACAAAAAAGGGGUGCAGGAUUCCCCUAGGGUCCAGGGCCCCUAGACCAUGCUGGAGCUAUCACUGUAUUAUUGAGUCAAUAUGGUGGUAGAAUACUAUUCCUUCAUUUAUCUUUUGAAAAAAAAAAGGUUGUAUUGUUAUUUUAAUCAUUAUAUAUUACUAUUAUUUAUUAUUAUUGUUUGUAAUUAAUAUUCAGUCUGCAGUCUAGAAACAACAUUGAUUGUACAGUGUAUAAAAUAUUUUAUCAGUAAAUCGAAUAAUAUAUUCAUUGUCUCAAUUUUUUCAUAGUCACUAAAAAAAUGCGGUUUAUAUUUUGGUCUGUGUCAAGUCAAAAUAUAUUAUGAUUGCAUUAUUUUUGGCGUUUUUUGCAUAUCUUUCUAUGAAAGCAAAAACAACAGUUGUGUACAGUAUUUACCUGAGUUUAACAGAUAAUGGUGCAUAGACAUAUUAUAACCUGCCUAUGCUAUGCUUACAACAAGUCAUUAUAUAAUUCAAUUAUUGUGGUGUCACUGUAACAAUAACUAAAACAUAUUUUGAGGGCUAUUGAUCAGUGGAGUUAGGAAGGUAGUACUGUAUAUUCUUGUGUAUAAGACGAGGUUUAAAUAGCAAAUUACUAUCGGAAAACUGGGGGUUUUUGAAAUUUAAAAUCAUGUUCGUCUAUUAUUACCUGCAACAUGUACUGUAAAUUUACUAAUGAAAUAAAGCUACUAACUUGACAAGCCAGAAAUUAAUGGCCUACAAGAUGAUGGCUGUUUAAUUUGUCAAUUAAUGCUUUUAAAAGCUGAUACAUUGAAAUUCAUGAACAUUACCAAGUCUUGAGCAUGUACAGUUUAUGGCGAUUUGAAGGCUAAAUGCGGGCUUGUGCCCAGUGGAUUGUAUCAAAAAGAGGAUUUCCGACGGUGAAAUGAGGGGUGGGGUCGUCUUAUACGCCCCAACAUACAAAAAUCGUCCAGUAGCCUUCUCAAACUUGGGGGUUGUCUUAUACGUGGAUCACUAAUACACAAAAAUAUACAGUAUUUUAAGGCUUACAUCAACCAACCUUAAAGGUGUAUUGUCCCUUGCUAUAUAAAAAAAAAUCAUAAAAAUAUUUUUUUUAAUUAACUUUUUAAAGUAACAUAAAAGUUAUCGACUUGAACAUAGAAAUUAGUGUUUUUAAAAAAUGUCUACCCAUCAAAAAAUGAUAGAAUCACUUCCAGUCACUUGAAGUGUUUUAUUAGUUUUAUUAUAAUUUGUUGGUUUGAAAAUCAGGGUACACAUUUUAUAAAUUCAGUAAUUUCUAUGCACAAGUAAUUAAUUUGUAUGUUAUUGGAAAAUGAGCAAGUUUAUUUCAAACUUAUUUUUUAUGAUUUUUUGACAUUAGCAAGGUUAAGCUAGUCAUGGUAUACACUUUCUUAAUUAAUGUUUAAUAUUACUUAUUGUAAGCAUAGCCACUAUUUUAAAGACAACAACAUACAUUGUAGGGAACAGUUUAAAUGCUACACUGCUGGUUUAUUGUAGUUGUUUUUUUCAAUGGCAAUAAACACACCAUAGAACUCAAUAAA